AUGACUUCGUUGCUUGCUCAAGAAAUUCGCCUUUCUAAAAGACAUGAAGAAAUAGUAUCACAAAGAUUAAUGUUACUUCAACAAAUGGAGAAUAAAUGUCUAGAUGAAAACAAGGAAAAGGCAUCUCAGAUACAAGCAGCUCAAACUGCUCUUAAAAGGAACCUUAGUCUUUUAAAGGAUAUAGAAGCAGCAGAAAAGUCUCUACAGACCCGGAGUCACCCAAUUCCAUCACCAGAGGUGGUUUCUCUUGAGACUCUUUACUGGGCAUCAGUAGAAGAAUAUAUUCCCAAGUGGGAACAGUUUCUUUUAGGAAGAGCACCAUAUCCGAUCGGUGUUGAAAAUGAAAAUGAAGCAGAAAAAUACCACUCAAAAUGA